ACCACCUAUCCCAGGAGCAUCCUCACCUCCCUGCUCCUCAACAGCAGCCAGGGCUCUGCUUCUGAGGAGGCUGUGCCCAGGUCAGACCCUCCAGACAGCACGGGGGAUCAGCCCGGGCCCCAUCCGGAAAACCCCUCCAACGGCAAGUCCAAGUGGCUGGACACCGCCCAGAAGUCCCCUCUCCACGUUGGAGACACGAGGAAAGAGGACGACCCCAAUGAGGACUGGUGUGCUGUGUGUCAGAACGGCGGGGAGCUCCUGUGCUGUGAGAAGUGUCCCAAAGUGUUCCACCUCUCCUGCCACGUGCCCACACUGGCCAAUUUCCCCAGGUAGGAACGCAGCACUCAGCUCCUGGAGGCCAGUGUGACGGGGCCUGCACAUGUGUCCCACAGGAGGCCUUCCUCCGACGCCCUGUGCCUUUCUCCCAAAACUAAGUGUGAACGGCUACUUUUAUUUCUUUACUGCCAUGAAAUGAGCCUGGCUUUUCAAGACCCAGUCCCUCUAACUGUGCCCGAUUAUUAUAAAAUCAUUAAAAAUCCCAUGGACUUGUCAACCAUCAAGAAAAGACUACAAGAGGAUUAUUCCUUGUAUACGAAGCCUGAAGAUUUUGUAGCUGACUUCAGACUGAUCUUUCAAAACUGUGCUGAAUUCAAUGAGCCCGAUUCAGAAGUAGCCAGUGCUGGUAUAAAACUUGAAAGCUAUUUUGAAGAACUGCUAAAGAACCUUUACCCAGAGAACAGGUUUCCUAAGGUAGAAUUCAGGAACGAGCCAGAAGAUAAUAAGUUUAGUGAUGAUUCAGACGAUGACUUCGUACAACCCCGGAAGAAACGCCUCAAAAGCAUCGAGGAACGCCAGUUGCUCAAAUAA